AUGGCCUCCGCGGUCCCUCCUCUGCGCAUUCAGAAGGGCAGCGGCAAUGGCACAAGCACCUCGCCGUCCAAGCUGCCCCGAGUGACCAAUCGUCCUCUAUCCGAGCUCAGUCCCAUGGCCGUUCGGAGGAACUCUCCGAGUUUUCCACAGGCAAAGGGCAAACUCUUUGGCAACGAGAACUCCCCAGUAACGUCAUCGCCCUUUUCUACGACUUCGCCACGUCUGUUCUGGCAGGGUCGAGAUCCCAAUUCGCCCGCCAGAGACGCCACCGAAAGCCCGCCGGUCCAUGCACCGCAGAAGCGAUCAUCAAUUGAGAACCUCAAGAGAGCUUCGAGAGUCAAGAACAGCAGCAUGUUCGAGAUCGAGCAGAGACAUCACUAUGAUCCCUCACGUCCCUCAAUCCUCGAUGGCCGCCCACAAAGCAUGCAAUUCCUCAGACAAUCAUCACCUGUACGCAUUUCCGAUUCAGGGCGUAAGGAGAACCUCGCACCAGCUAUCACGGCCUCACCAGUGCAGCCGACAGUGAAAGAGCCUAAAGAGGAUGCUACGUCCAGCGCUAGUACUGUCACGCCUUUGUCGCCGAGCAGAAUGAAUCCUUCUCCCACCAAGUCUUCGCUUUCGAACAAGACUGGUUCGGCGUUCCGGCGCAAUGGUUUCGACCCAAAUACAGGCGUGUGGGAGGACGAUGAGGAGGUCCACGAGAAACAACUGCCAGUCGGUCGUGGCCUCCACCGACAUCAGAAGAGCGUCACUUUCGACCAAGCCCCUCCACAGGUAAAUGAGUAUGAGAUGACCACGCCUGCCCCAUCUUCCAUCGCGUCUGGUUCUCGCGAGGGCAGCUACGACUCUGCCGACGAGGAUGACGAGGAGGAAGAGGAAGCUAGUUUCGACAGAGGCUCGUCCAUGGACCAUGAUGACAGUUUCGACGCGUCUCUGGAAGACACAGAAAAGACGCCGGUUGUGCUUCCUGAGGACUGGCGCUUCAUGAGCCCCGACACCGCAAACACCGACCUUGCUCAACACGAGGAGGAUGUCUUCGAGGAUGACUAUGGCAGUCCUGCUCCAACUGCUCAGCCUGGCACUGCUUCCAAUAGACCUCACCAAACCAGUGCAAGCUCAGUCGAUUCCAAUGGCCAGUCUCGCCCUCUACCACCUCUCCCUCCCACGGUCGGAGCUCAAGCUCAAUCAAGGAGUGAUAGCCUUUCUAAUGCAUUCGAGCGUAUCAGCGUCGCCUCACGUUCACUUCCCACGCCUCCGAUGCCAGCGGCAACCUCCAAAAUUGACAUCCUGAAUAUGAGAGUAUCGACAUCUCUUUCAGCCGAGGAUAGGAUUCGCUUGAUGGCCCUGCAAGACCAGGAAAGAGAACGCCGAAUGAGGCGUAUGGGCUCCAAGGAACCCAGCCCCCUUCGUAGCACCAGUGCAGACAACUCAACCACCUCAGACCUGGAGCCGGUACCGGUGCUCUCCGAGUCGAGGAACUCCACACCGCAGCUCUCGAGAGACUCGAUACUGGCAGGCCUUCGCGGCGAGAUUGGCCCUGACAGUCGAGACAGCAGCGAGGACAUCCCAGAUGUGCCUCAAGGGCGAGACCUGGCAUCUCUCGACCCAGAUAUUCCCAUUCCUUCAAUGGAAGAUCCCACCCAACCACGCAUCAAGGAGGAAGAGCCGGAAGAAACAGAUUUGUACUCCAUUCCCGACGCAUACGGUCGCCGCGUUGUCUCAGAUUCGGAUGUGAGCGCGAACAAUGACGAUGACCUUACCAGCCAGUACUCCCAGCCAUCGCUUGCCUCCUUCGCUCCUUCUGCGGCCGCUGAUGAGGGCCAAGAAACACCAAAGGCACAGAGCCCAGCGCGAGAAGUGCUUUCUAAAUCUGCGCUUCCGCAGCGCGUCUCAUUGCCUGACUUUGCGGACUUCGGCGAGACAAGCAGUUUCGACGUUGGCCUUGCGCCAUACUUGAGCAACGAGGAGGAGAAACCCAAGCAGCUACUCCGCCGGGAGUCAACAACGGAAUUGCCUGAUCUCGCCGCAUUACGACAAUCGAUCCAGCGUUCGUACACUCCUGAUAACCAGCCCAAGCAGCGAUUUGGAAGUCCAACAACCUUCAGAGCGGAGCAGGCAGUGCCAGGUAGUCCUGACUCUGUGGUGAGACAUUCCACUGCAUCCGAUGAGUUGCCCAUCCGCGCGAAUGUCGAGCCGGAGCAGCAAGUGGAUGCCCCUGAAGUCGACAGUGGUCGAUCUAGCAGUCUCUCGGCGGCCUCCGACACCGGUUCCGUCUUGAUCAACGAGAGAGAAGCUUCGCCAGUGUCUCCUAUUUCCGCCGAAAUCGAAGACACACCGGAGGCUGCGAUCACCGAACCACCUCAGGAUUGUCUAACGGACGAGAAGCCUUCCGAAGCUCUAGCCAUCGCAGCGGAGAAGAAGCGUAUUAGCAGUUUGAUACCCUUGGAUAUUCCCCAUGGAAGCCUGGACGAAGGCCUUGGCCUAGGUCUGGAGAAGGAAUUUGACCGAGUGGUGGAAGCCCAGAAGGUAGAGUUUGAGCUCUCUUUGCAACGCCUCUAUUACCCUUUCCAUGGACGUUUCCCAUCGAGUGAGCUCCCGCUUCACAAGGCGGAAGAACGGAAAGUUUCCAACCCAAUGGAAAAUGUCCCUUUUCUCCCCAAGCCCCGUGGAGCACGUCCUCCACCAGGCACAAGUCUUGCUAUUCCCCCCACUACAUCUGGCCAUAGAGAUUCAUUUGCUAAUCCAGCUCGUUGCCGACAGAGAGGUUACCUGAUGCGACAAAAUACCAAGAUCGUGAUUGCAUCGGAACGUGUGUCCCAGGACGAGUGUAGGUCACCUGGUCUCCCUAUGGUGACUGAGGACGGUUUGCUGGGUGUACCGACGGAGGCCAACCACGUCGUGCCUUCACCACGCAAAACGAGUCAGCCAACCUGGACCGCUGAGCCAUGGAAUGGCAAAACUCGUCGAAAGAGCAUCAGGGUUGGAGGAGAAAAGACCAUGAGCAAGCGAAAGCCAGUUGAAGGAUCCGUGCCACCCUUGCCUGGGCUCCCCAGCAAUGUCCAAGAGAUGCUUGAUGCGGUGGCUGAGGAUGAGAUUGGGGAAGAGGAUGAGUGGGAGGAAGGCGCUGAACGCGGUCGGCUGUUUGUCAAGGUUGUCGGUGUCAAGGACCUGCAGAUGCCUUUCCCGCAGCACGAACGGACCUAUUUCGCCCUGACGCUUGACAACGGCAUGCACUGUGUGACAACUGCCUGGCUCGAACUUGGUCGAAGUGCCCCUAUCGGCCAGGAGUUUGAGCUGGUUGUGCUAAAUGACCUUGAAUUCCAGCUCACCUUGCAGAUGAAGCUGGAGGAACCGAAGAUUGAACGGCCACAAUCUCCUACCAAGCCGCCUGCCUCGCCUAAAAAGCAAGGAGCUUUUGGUAGGUUGUUUGGCUCGCCCAAGAAGAAGAAAGAAACGGAGGCCAGGGCUCAGCAAGAAGCGCAGGCUGCUAGAAGACCCGUAACCCCCCCUUCGGCCUACGAGCUGGUGCAAGGUCUGGUCGCGAAGGACGGUUCAUUUGCCCGAGCCUACGUCGCAUUGAGUGAGCAUGAGAAGCACGCAUACGGUCGACCUUACAAUGUCGACAUCACCUGCUUCAACGAGUGGGCGCUUGAAGAAGUCCAUGUUGGCAGCUCGCGAAGCAAGAAGAGUGUACCACAACUCCAGCGCCGUCCGCCCUAUGAAAUUGGCAAGCUGGAGUUGCAACUCCUGUAUGUGCCAAAGCCGAAAGGGGCCAAGGAUGAAGAGAUGCCGAAAAGUCUGAAUGGUGCUGUCCGUGCGCUCCGAGAGGCCGAGGAUCGUCUUCAUCAACAAGCCAAUAUCAAGGAGUUCGAGGGAUAUUUGAGUCAACAGGGAGGAGAUUGUCCGUACUGGCGAAGACGCUUCUUUAAGCUUGCGGGCACCAAGUUGACGGCUUUCCACGAGACAACUCUGCAGCCACGCGCAACCAUCAACCUCGCCAAAGCCACUCGCUUGAUCGAUGACAAGACUGCCCUCAUGCAGAGAGAGACUUCCACGAAAGGUGGUGGUCGUCGCAAGAGUGGAUUUGCUGAAGAGGAAGAAGGCUACAUGUUUGUCGAAGAGGGCUUCCGCAUCCGUUUCGGCAAUGGAGAGGUGAUCGACUUCUAUGCUGAUUCCACUGCCAACAAAGAGGAGUGGAUGCAAGCUCUCGCGCAAGUGGUGGGCAAGGGCGUGCAGACUGGCUCCGCCCCGAUCAAAGGCUGGACGGAGAUGGUUCUCAAGCGCGAAAAGAAGAUCAAAGCUGAAGCAUCGGCACCACGUCCCCGAACGGGCCAUCAACGAACAGAGACGUACCACACCAGCGGGGCCAUCAGCCAGGCGAGCAGUCCCGUGAAGUCUUCAGCUCGCGAAGAGAGGCAUCGAAAGACGAAGAGCAUGAUCAUGUAG